CUAGGCACCACCUUCCCCGCCUGGAAGCGCCAGCCCCCAGCGCCAGUUGCGCUGCGCCAGGUGCUGUGUCCCGACGGCCGCUCGGCGUGUCCUGACGGUGCCACUUGCUGCCAGCUGGCCUCGGGACAGUACGGCUGCUGUCCCCUGCAGAACGGCACUGCCUGCGACCUGGAGCGCUCCACCUGCACCUCCUCAGCGGGCUGGGCACAGCCCCUGGCAGCCCUGCCCAAAGCUCGUGAAGUGAAGUGCGACGACGAGACGAGCUGCCCCGACGGGAACACGUGCUGCCGGCUGAGCUUGGGCACCUGGGGGUGCUGCCCGCUGGAGGAGGCUGUCUGCUGCCCCGACCACGUGCACUGCUGCCCCCAGGGCUACACCUGCGACCCAUCGGGCAGCUGCCUGCAGGAGGGGGGGGCCCGCCGGCCCUGGGUGCAGAAGACCCCUGCCCUGUCCCGGGGGGGGGACGUGAGGUGUGACGACGAGACGAGCUGCCCCGACGGGAACACGUGCUGCCGGCUGAGCUCGGGCGCCUGGGGGUGCUGCCCGCUGGAGCAGGCCGUCUGCUGCCCCGACCACGUGCACUGCUGCCCCCAGGGCUACACCUGCGACCCAUCGGGCAGCUGCCUGCAGGAGGGGGGGGCCCGCCGGCCCUGGGUGCAGAAGACCCCUGCCCUGUCCCGGGGGGGGGACGUGAGGUGUGACGAGAAGACGAGCUGCCCGGAUGGGAGCACGUGCUGCCGGCUGAGCUCGGGCGCCUGGGGGUGCUGCCCGCUGGAGCAGGCUGUCUGCUGCAGGGACAACCAGCACUGCUGCCCGCGGGGCUACACCUGCAACGUGGCCACCCAGAGCUGCGAGAAGCUGCUGGCACCCACCCUGCUGCUGCGAGCGCCCACCUCCCCAUUCCGGACACCUGCACCCCCCGGCCUGGCCCCCCCCCCGGCCCCCCGCACUGCUGCGAGCUGCCAGCACCGAGCCAGAUGCAGCCAUGCCCUGUGAUGCUGCCCGCUCCUGCCGCGGUGGGCAGCGGUGCUGCCGGAGCCGGGGGGGCUCCUGGGGGUGCUGCCCCUUCACCCAGGGCUCCUGCUGCUCAGACGGCCGUCACUGCUGCCCUGGGGGGUCCCGCUGCACUGGGGGGGGCUGGGGGUGCAGCCCCCAGCGCUGGGACCUACCUGCACCCCGCAGGGUGCUGCUCUGAUGUCCCCGGGACCCCCCCCCCCAGGUACCACCACUCAAAUAAAAAGGUUUCUAGGACAAA